AUACACGCGGUCGUCAGGGCGGGCGGCCGGCGCGACACUGGUCGAGCGCUCCGCCCGCCCUUGCGCAAAGUUCAUGGCGACGGACCGGCUGACUUUUCUGUUAAGUGACAUUAUUAUUAUAUAUUUAUCAUCUCGGACUUCUGUGAAAUAUACCUAUGGUGUAUUGGCGAGUUCCGUCAGUGCCGAGUCAUACUUUCAAGAAAAUAAGCUUUGCUUUGGUAUUAUAUGCCGCCUACAAUUUUGUGAAAGAUGGAAUAAUGCGGUUGCGUUCGCUACUGAAUUGUGACACGAAUAGACGAUGGCGGUUCAGAAUUGGCCAGAAGAUCUUCUACGGUCUCGGCCAUGUUUACAACGACCUGUGUGCGGCGAUGUGGUUCUCAUAUAUGAUGCUGUUCUUCCAAGCCGUCCUACAUAUGAGAGCAGCUAUCGCUGGCUCUAUGUUGCUCUUGGGACAAAUUGUAGAUGCACUUGCAACUCCGGCAGUGGGUGUUUUAGCUGACCGAUAUGGUACAAAGAAAUCUUGGCACCUAUCUGGCAGUAUCUUGGUGACGUGCACAUUCCCACUCCUCUUCAUAAGAUGCUGGGGUUGCUGGGCAGGGCAGAAUGCCGCUUACCUGUCAUGGUGGAUGCCAUUUUACUACGCAGUACUAAUAACAUUCUUUCAGAUAGGAUGGGCUAUCACACAGAUCUCCCAUCUGGCUAUGAUUCCCUCUAUAACAGACAACUUGGAAGCUCGUUCAGAGCUGACUUCUAUAAGAUAUAUGGCAUCGGUAAUAUCAAGUCUAAUGGUAUAUCUAAUCACUUGGGUUGUACUAAGAGCAACUAAUUAUAGUACUUUUAUCGGACCUACAGAUGACUACAAAUUUAGAGAUGUAUCAUUAAUUAUUUCAAGUCUCGGAAUAUUGUCAUAUUCACUAUUUCAUAUUUUCUUCAAACUGAAUUCAACGAAAAGCAGUAAAACAUAUGAUAAUGGUGUUGCCAACGGAUCUACAUCGCUGGUGAAAGAUACAGAAACCUCAUCAGUUACUAAAUCGAAGAUAAUGCACUUUGUGAGAAUGCCAUUGUUAUACCAAGCUAGUUUAUUAUAUGUGUUUUCGCGGCUAUACUGGGCUCUAAGUCUAGUCUACGUGCCACUAUUCCUAGAGGAACGACUCUCUUUCAACCCAAGCGAAGGCUCUGAACUUGUGGCUAGUGUGCCACUAGUUCUCUACAUUUCCUCAUUUUUCUUCUCACUUCUUCUAAAAAGCCAUAUCAGUAGAUGCGGUAAUAAGAUUGCGUAUUUAAUUGGAAGUUCCUUAAGCCUAAUAAGCUGCUUAUGGAUAGCGGUAGCUGUCAACCCAGAGGCUAGCAUCGUGCAAAUAUAUUUAGUGGCAACUUUGAUAGGAGCUGGUAGUUCAAUAACGUUGGUGUCGAGCUUAUGUGUAACCGCAGAUAUGAUAGGUCCUCACUCGCACCAGGGCGCUGCCAUCUAUUCUAUUGUAACAUUCGCUGACAAACUGGUCACUGGAAUUGCAGUCGUGGCUAUCGAAAACUAUAAAUGCGAUGAUGUAGAAGAUUGCCCGCAGUACUACAGAGGAGUUUUAACAUACGCCUGCGGAGGAAGCGCUACCUUAGGAAUUAUAUGUUUAUUAUUUAUGAAGUUAUAUAAGAAAAAACAAGACUCUAUAUAAACAAAUGUUAUGUAUAUAUAAUAAAUAUGAAAUAGAAUACUUUAUCCAUUCUCCUCGUAAAUAUAUAAUUUAAACAGAUUUUCUAUCUUAGAACAUCGAGUCAGUGGCGGACUAAGGGUGCGCGGAGGAUUUGGUCCGCCCCGAGCCUCUUGUCUUGGGGGGCCUACAAAUGGCUGCAAGUUCCUUUGAUGAAAUAAUAAAUUGGGGUUGCCUGAUGCUGCCCGGGGCCUCCUACGAUGUUAGUCCACCACUGCAUCGAGUUUAUAGUUUGUUAUACCCAGCUAGUAGUAGUUAGUAUCAACCAAGCAGAAUACUGGCUUGCAGCCGUGUACAACAACACGGCUGCAUAAUGUCAGGUUACUACAAUAUGUCCAAUUUCCACAAUUUUGAACUAAACUUGCAACGCGCUAAGGUUUAAAAUCAUGUGAAGUGAGUUUUGUAAAGCCUGAUGUGCUGUUGCUGUUGACUGUAUCUAUGAUUAUUUUUUUUUGUUAGAUACCAGAUUUAAUGUUACAUUUACAUUGCUUAUAUAUUGAGGAUCAACAUAAAGCCCAUAAGUGUCGUCCAGAAAUUUAAAUAAUAAAUACAUGAGUAUGCGAAACAAACAUCAUUUAAUAAUAUCACAGU